AUGAUUCGUAGAGUUUCACAUGUACUCAAGGGUUUAAACAAGAUCUCAUAUUUUAAGAUAAAACCAUAUCUAACUCCAUUGAAAGGAAAAUCAUAUGUUAUGGAAUAUGAUGAAAAACCUGGACAAUGGAAUAAACAAAAAGUCUUAAAUUUACCAUCAGAAUAUCAUAGAUCAUUGAUUGGUUCUAAGGGUGCCACAAUCCGGAAGCUUAGUGAUUAUUAUAACGUUAAAAGAAUUCGAGAUCUAACAAAUACAAGAAUAAUAUUCCCACUAGAAACUGAUUCAGUUAAUGAAAAUAUAACUAUUGUUGGUAAAAAAAAUAAUGUAGACAAGGCAAAAUUAGAAUUUGAGGCUCUGAUAACUGAUAUUGAUAAUAUUAUUGAAAACUGUGUAGAAAUAAAUGAAAAGUAUUAUAAAAGUUUUGUGGCUAAACGUGGAGAAUUUUUACAUAAGUUGGAAGAAGAAUGUGGUGGUGUAAAAAUAUCAUUCCCUAAACCUGGAGGUGAAGAUAAAGUUAUACUUAAAGGUAGCAAAGCAAAUGUUGCUAUUGCAAAGCAGAGACUUUUAGACCAUGCUAAAGUUUUGGAAAAAACAAUUCUAGUUGAAGUUAAUGUUGAUCCUAAGUAUCAUCGUCACUUUGUUGCAAGAUGUGGUGAAAUUAUUAAUAGAAUCAUUGAUGAUUGUAAUGGAGUAUCUAUAACAUUCCCUAAAUUAGCUUCUAAUGAUAAUGUUUGUAUAAUCAAGGGUGACAAAAUUAAUGCUGAAGAAGCAAAGCGUAAAAUUGAAGAAAUUGUUAAAGAUUUGGAAAAUCUUGUUGAAAUUACUAUGAGUGUUCCUCCCAAACAUCACCGACAUUUUGUUGCUCGCCGUGCUGAAGUCAUUAAUCAAAUUAGUGCAGAAUAUAAUGGAGUUACUGUAUCAUUCCCACAAGUUAAUUCAAAUUCUAGUGAAGUUUUAAUUAGAGGCCACAAAGAUUUUGUUGAAAAAGUCAAAAAUAAAAUCAAUAAUAUUGUGAUUGACUUGGAACAACGUAUCACUGUUGAAGUUAUCAUACCUCAAAGGAUGCAUGGAGUUUUAAUGAAGAAUCGAGAUUUAUUGGAAGGCAUGAGACGAGAUUUAGAUGUUUGGAUUAAGUUUCCUGAAAGACCUCCAAAAGACCAGUUUAAUCACAAACAAGAGGAUGUUAAUGUUGUAGAAGAUACUGAUGAAAAACGUGCGCUUAGUGUCAAUGACAUAGUUACAAUCUUUGGAAAACCUGAGAAUUGUGAACGUGCUAAACAAAUACUGUUUGAUAAUAUACCAAAAACUAUUGACUUAAAUUUACCAUCAGAAUAUCAUAGAUCAUUGAUUGGUUCUAAGGGUGCCACAAUCCGGAAGCUUAGUGAUGAUUAUAAUGUCCAGAUUAAAGUUCCAAACCAAGAAAAAAAUGCUGAUAUUAUAAAGAUUACUGGGGUGCAAAAGGAUAUUGAUGAAGUAGUUGCAGCUAUUAAAGAAGAAAUGAGAUUAUAUGAUGUUGAUAAAGAAGAUAGACAGUUGCGCUCAUAUGAAAUUCAGAUGACAAUUGAACCAGAAUUCCAUCCUAUGAUAAUUGGUAAAAAAGGAGACACUGUUCGUAACUUAUGUAAUAAAUAUGGAGUUCAAAUUAAUCUGCCCAGAAGAGGUGAAGGAAUCAAUGAAAACAUAGUGACAGUUGUUGGUUACCAACAAAGUGCUGAAGCAGCAAGGGAGGAAAUUCAAGAAAUGGUUGAUAAACUGAAAAAUGUUUACAAGGAAGAAAUUUAUAUCGACAGUAGAAUUCAUUCAAGAUUGAUUGGUUUUCGAGGACAUAAUAUUUCAAAAAUUAUGGAUAAAUAUCAAGUAGAUAUAAGAUUUUCGAAAUCUGACAGUUCUAAUCCAGAUUUGGUAGUUGUAUAUGCCCGUGAUGAUGCCACCCAGGAUGAUGUUUUGGAUUGUAUGGAUUAUUUAGAAAUGAUUCAACAAGAAUAUAUGACAGACUUUGUAGAAAAUGAAGCAAGAGCAAACUUGAAACCAAAAACUGAGAGCCAAUCUGUCCCCAAUGGUAAUCAUAACUCGCAAGGAGGUGCCGGAUUUGUUAUGGGUAAUGGUGCACCAUGGGACAAAGUUCAUCCAGAUACAAAUAGUACCAGAGAUUUUCCAUCUUUUGCAGUUAUUGCGACGUCUGCUAAUAAUGCUGGGUCUGGUAAGACUAACCUUCCAAGAAGAGGGCGUCGUUAAUUAUUUUCAAUCGAUUUAUAAAAUUAUUGUUUUCAAUAGUUAAAUAUUUUGCCACUUAACUGAAUUUCUCCCAAGUAAUUAAAUUACAAUAUAAUUAUAUUUUAUCAAUAGAAUAUGUUUAGAAAAAAUGUGUCAUUUAAUAGAAAACAAGAAAAUAAUACAUAAAUAUUUAUUUUUUUGUAACAUUAGGUGGAAAAAAAUUCUAUAUUUUCCAGGCUAUGGAGAAAAAUUGAUGUAUAAAAUUAUAGAUUGUAACUAUUUGUGUCUCAUUUUUUCUA